AUGCCUUCGUUGGACGAUCAACUGUUGAAUAGCGAUUCCGACGAUGGGUUCAAUGAAGACAUGGAAGCUUUGAAGCGAGCUUUUCAGUUAACCGGCACAAACCCUGACGACCACAAAGGAUCGCUCUCUAAGGCAUCCCAUUCCGCCGGCGGCGGCGAUGUUUUAUUAGAGUCUGAUUCGGAUGACGAUGAUCGGGAGGAUGACAUUGAAUUGGUGCGGAAUAUUCAGAAACGAUUUUCGGAUUCGAUAGAGGCUGAGCAGCCUCUGACCCUGAAACCUCUGUUGACGCUACCGCCACUUGGGUUGGAUAGUGAUGAUGGUGAUGAUGGUGAUUUUGAGACCCUACGUGCCAUCCAACGGCGUUUCAUGGCCUAUGAUGAUGGUGCCCUAAAAGAAAGUGUGGAGAAUGUUUUGUAUAUACCUGAGCAGGUGGGCGCUACUGUCAUAGAUUCGGAAAAGGAAACUUCGAAUAAUUUGAUUGAUAAGAGAACUAAUGCACAGGAAGGGUUUUCCAAUUGUGUAGAUACAAAAGAAGCUGCUGCCCAGCUGACAGAAGCAUGUGAUGAUGAAAGUGUUGUUGGUGCACGGCCUUCUAACUUAAUUGAGUGGAAUGGGCCGAGAUCUAAUGAUGUUGUUGGGUUGCCAGUUAAAAAUUCUGAUUUCCCGAGUUCAGCACUGGCAUUUGUUGACGCCAUUAAGAAAAACAGAUCUUGUCAAAAACUUAUACGAAGUAAGCUGGGGGAGAUAGAAGCAAGGAUUGAAGAAAUUAAAAGGCUGAAGGAUCGUGUCAAAAUCUUGAAAGACUUUCAGGUUGCAUGUAGAAAGCGAACUGGGCGAGCUUUUUCUCAAAAGAAGGAUGCUCGUGUGCAGUUAAUAUCAGUGCCAAAGCUAAGAGGAAAUACAAAGUUCAAUGAGAAGAAGAUCUCUGCCACAUACAAGGGACCACCGGAGAAUUUACAUGUCGCUAAAUAUAAAGAGGCAUUGACAAACUUUCCAGUCUCAGUGAAUCGGGAGAACUGGUCAAAGAAAGAAAGAGAGAAUCUCAUGAAAGGCGUGAAACAACAAUUCCAAAAAAUGCUGCUUCAGCAAUCCAUCGAUCUGUUGAGUGAUGGAGAUGUAUCUUCUGGAGAUUCAAAUAAUGUUGAUAGCAUUGUUGCAUCAAUAAAAGAUCUUGAUAUAACCCCUGAGAUAAUGAGAUCAUUCCUGCCCAAGGUCAAUUGGGAACAACUGGCUUUCAUGUAUGUUCCUUGCCACACUGGUGUAGAAUGUCAAGCAAGGUGGCUGAACUUUGAAGACCCUUUAAUCAAUGGACAUCCAUGGACUACAAUGGAGGAUAAGAAUCUUUUGCAUAAUAUCCAGCAGAAGGGGCUAAGUAACUGGAUAGAUAUUGCCGUUUCACUGGGAACAAAUAGGACCCCUUUUCAAUGCUUAGCACGCUAUCAAAGGAGUCUUAAUGCUUCAAUUCUCAAGAGGGAGUGGACGGAGGAGGAAGAUAAUCAACUCCGUGCUGCUGUAGAAAAUUUUGGUGAGAGUAAUUGGCAACAAGUUGCUUCCCUGAUCGAAGGACGGACAGGUACCCAGUGCUCUAAUAGAUGGAUGAAAACACUUCAUCCAACCAGGAAAAAGGUUGGAAGAUGGACUGAAGAUGAAGACAAACGCUUGAAAGUCGCGGUAACAUUUUUUGGGCCAAAAACAUGGAAGAAAGUAGCUCAGUUUGUGUCUGGACGGACACAGGCGCAGUGCAGAGAAAGAUGGGUCAAUUGCUUAGAUCCUUCUUUGAAUCUGGCUGCAUGGACUGAGGAAGAGGAUUCAAAGUUGGAAGCAGCCAUUUUAGAACAUGGAUAUUACUGGUCAAAAGUUGCUGCAUGUGUUCCUCCACGUACUGAUAAUCAGUGUCGUAGGAGAUGGAAGGUGCUGUUUCCACAUGAAGUGCCUCAGCUUCAAGCAGCUAGAAAGAUACAAAGGGUUGCACUUAUUUCCAAUUUUGUAGAUAGGGAGUCAGAGCGACCUGCCCUUGGACCUAAUGACUUUGUUCCUUUGCCAAAUUGUAUCACUGAAUCCAAAAAAGUUGACCCUCCUAGUAGAAAAAGAAGAAGAUCAAGGCGAGGAAAGAAUUGUACUGAAAAAAAUGCUUCUGGUGAGAUCUCUCCAGAAGAAGUUACAAGGUUAACAAAUGGGGAUGAGAUUGAGAAUGUGCACGGCAGACCUUUCCCAAGGAAGAAAAGGAGCAAGAGGUUUCAUUCAGUUAAGGGAAAAAGAUGGAUGUCUCAACCUUCGGAGGAUUUUGAAGGUUCUAAUCCGACAGAAGAAGAUCCAUCACCUCUUACUGAUCCAAAUAUAUUGAUGAUAACCAUGGGUGAUGAGUUAGUUGAUGUUGGUGGGGAAGAUGCUAUUGAGAUUAACAAGACUUCUAAACUACGUCCAAGAAGGAGAUGUAAUGAAUCCCAUGAGGAAGUGCCAGAGACUUUGAGUACGGUGCAUACUAUUGUUGAAGAUGCAAACUUAUUGAAGACGAAAAAGAUAACCAAUGAUAAGAGCAAAGGCACUGACGAUGCAAAUGGGGAUGGUAGCGAGAAACGUAAUAAGCAUUUCAGGAGCAAUUUUUGCACUGAAGUAACAGGAGAUGAUGAAGAUCUUUUAGUAUCUUCUGGACGGGACAAUGAGUUGCGACAUGUAGAGAAUUCAGAAAUGCAAUCCGAGGAGUGUUUAGUACAAGGAAAAUGUUCAACACCUGUCAUUAUGGAAAGUGGGAAUUACAUGACAUCUAGUUUUCGCUCACAGGAGAAACUGAAAAGGUCCAAGGAUAAACGAGCUCCCUCUGAUAAAUUGUCCAAAACAGUAGAAUAUGAAGCCGCCCUUGCUUCUUUCCCUGUACAAUCAGGUUCUGAGGAAAAACAUUUUUCUUCAACAAAGAUGGAUGAAUCUCUCAGGAAGCAGGACCAAAUUUUUGAGGUACAGAACAGCUCGAAUGGGCCUGGUCUACUCUACACUUACCAGCGAAAGAGACGAAGAGCCAGAGAUGAAACUUGUUCCCGUCAGAUAUUGGAAGUAGAAAUCAGAGAUGAAACUUGUCCAAAUAAGACAGUAGAACUAGAAGCCGAAGAUGACAUGCUUCUUGCUGUUUUCUACAAUGAACGAAGGAAGAUGAGGAGAGUUGCAGCUACCUAG